AUGCGUGAUGAAUCUCAAUUAAUGGCGACAACAUUAAAUACAACAACAUCUCCAACAAAUUCAACAACAAAUAAUAAUGUUGAAGGACUUAAAUUAACAGAAGCUGUUGUUAAAACAUUUCGAAAUGCACGUGUUUUUCAUGAAAAUACAGAUCGAAUAAAUGCAUUAGAUUUUUCUGCUAACGGUGAAACACUAAUAACAAGUAGUGAUGAUGAUUCAAUUGUUAUAUAUGAUUGUCAAGCUGGAUCAGCAAAAAAGACACUUAAUAGCAAAAAAUAUGGUGUUGAUUUGAUUCGUUUUACACAUGCAACAAAUACAGUUAUACAUAGUUCAACAAAAAUUGAUGAUACAAUUCGGUUUUUAUCUUUACAUGAUAAUAAAUAUAUUAGAUAUUUUCCUGGUCAUGUUAGAAAAGUUAUUGCAUUAUCAAUGUCGCCAGUUGAUGAUAUUUUCUUGUCUGGUUCUCUUGAUAAUACAAUACGAUUAUGGGAUUUGAAAUCGGCAAAUUGUGCAGGACUUAUGCAUUUGAAUGGUCGACCAGUAGCUAAUUUUGAUCCUGAAGGUCUUAUUUUUGGUGCUGGUAUUACAUCUGAAAUGAUUAAAUUGUAUGAUUUACGUUCAUUUGAUAAGGUUAUUGGUCCAUUUUCAACUUUUCAAUUAGCAAAAGAAAAAGAUUGUGAAUGGACAAGUUUGAAAUUUAGUGCUGAUGGUAAAACAAUUAUGCUUACAACAAAUGGUAAUAUUAUUCGUUUAAUUGAUGCAUUUACUGGACAACUUAAACAUACUUUAACGGGUUUUACAAAUACAAAAAAUAUGCCUAUUGAAGCUUCAUUUAGUCCAGAUGCUCAAUUCGUCUUCUGUGGUGCAAGUGAUGGACGUAUCCAUUGUUGGAAUGCUGAAACAGGUAAUCGUGUAUGCACUCUUGUUUCUGAUUCAAUGUCUGGUCAAACAAUUGUUUCAAUGAAUCCAAAAUUUAUGCUUCUUGUUAGUGCAUCAAAUCAGUUGAUCUUUUGGUUGCCUCAUCUUGAUGAUUUGUAA